AUGUCUUCUCGUGCCAAUAAGUUAGCAGAGCUGAAGGCUCUCCGCGCCUCUGGGAAGAAGCGCCUUGCAACUUACGAAGUCGAAGAAGACGAAGAUAUUUACGAGCAGGUUGACGAGGAGGGCUAUAAGAAGGUCGUUCGGAAACGACUUGACCGUGAUGACUUUGUCGUUGACGAUAAUGGCGAGGGCUACGCCGACGACGGGCGGGAGGAAUGGGAUGAUACCCGACCUGCAGCAAGCGAUAGUGACAGCGACGACUUGCCAGUAAGGGGGAAAGCGGCUAAACGGAAGCGAGAAGAGGAGAGCAAGAGAAAGGAGAAAAUAGAAAAUGGAAUCAACAAGUACUUUACAGCCACUCUCACGAAGCAGACAUCGAAACCAAAGCCUGUUGCUACUGCGGAUGACGAAGCGUUUCUCGCAGAUAUUUUGGGUGACGUCGAGACAAACAUAGCGACUUCGAAUGCCCCCGUUAAGAAAUCCAUAAAGUCAGAGACGAGAAGAAAAGUACGGAUUGUCUCACCUCCAGUUCAACCAAAACCGAGAGCAAAGAAGACCGAGACCAAUCCGGGGAAUGAUAGUCCACACGCAAAAGAUAAAUUGGUGCCGGACGUGGAAUUUGAAGAUGGUGGUUUCCUUGAUGGCGGGGACGACGAUGCCAUCAUGAGUGAGCCGCCGUUGCCUUCAUCACCGGUUGCCAGUGCUAUGGAGCGGAAGACAGGUAGCACUUCAAGGCCGAAACAAGAUGUUAUCAAAAAGGAAGAAGACGAUGAAGACGACGAUAUGAUGGACGUGGUAGAGGCCGUUGCGGACCACAGUACCAAUACACCAAGUGUCAACAUGGUUGGAAAGCGACCGCCUCCAAAGAUCAAGAAGGAAAUAUACGACGAUCCUAUGGCCUCUUCUCCAGCUCGUGCCACGACUGAGAUGAUCAAUCCUUCUUCCUGGAACGAUGUAACGAGCAAGCUGAACGUUCUCAACAGCUCAGUCACUGAUAUGCAACGGUUCGGAAAACUUACUUGUCAGGAAGCUGUUGAGGAAGAUGGUAGCUUGAGAUUUUUCUGGUUGGACUACACUGAAAUCAAUGGCAGCCUAUGCUUAUUCGGCAAAGUAAAGAAUAAGACCAACAACAGCUACGUGAGUGCUUUUGUCAAGGUCGACAACAUUCUCAGGAAGCUAUAUUUCCUACCCCGGGAGUACAAAUAUACCCGUGGCCAAACUACCAGCGAAGAGGUUGAUAUGGAAGAUGUCUAUGGUGAGGUGGAUACUCUCAUGAGCAGGUCGAAAGUUGAGAUGCAUAAAAUCAAACCUUGCACUCGAAAAUAUGCCUUUGAGUUACCAGGUAUUCCUAAAGAGGCGGAGUAUCUUAAGCUGAUGUACCCCUAUACAAAACCCGCCUUGCCCAUGGACUUAAAGGGUGAAACCUUUUCUCAUGUCUUCGGAACGAACACAGCUCUUUUUGAGCAAUUCGUUCUGUGGAAGAAUAUCAUGGGGCCCUGUUGGUUGAAAAUUGAAGAUGCGGACUUUACGGCAGUUAAUGGAGCUUCAUGGUGCAAGCUUGAAUGCCAGGUCACAAAUCCCGCUGAAAUUUCAUUAGUUCCAGAUUCCGAGGAGAUUGAAAACCCCCCCCUGACACUCAUGAGCUUGUCAUUCAGGACACAGCUAAACGUCAAGGAAAAUAAACAGGAAAUUAUUGUUGCUUCGGCUCGUGUAUAUGAGAAUCUUUCCCUCAGUGAUACCACACCACCAGAGAACCUGCCUUGCAAGACCUUUACUGUUAUGAGACCUUCAAACGUCUCUUACCCCCUUGGCUUUGAAGUGGAAGCUAAAAAGCAGCGUGGGACAGUUAUGCUUGAGAAGACCGAACAAUUUCUUCUCAGCAAGUUCCUGGCUUUGUUCGAAAAAAUUGACCCCGAUGUCAUAAUGGGCCAUCAGCUUCAAGAAGUAGAUUUUAAUGUUCUCCUUAGCCGGCUAAAGGAGAAGAAAACCCCCGGAUGGCACCGCAUUGGCAGGCUGAAGCGUGGUGAAUGGCCCAAGAACUUCUCAAAAGGCUCUGGGUUUUUCAGUGACAGGCAGCUUCUAGCAGGAAGACUUCUUUGCGAUGUUGCCAAUGAUAUGGGCAAAUCCCUAAUGAUGAAAUGCCAAUCGUGGACCUUGACUGAAAUGUGCCAACUUUACUUGAGUGAGGGUGAUCAGCGACGAGAAGUUGACACUGAAGCCGCUCUCAAAACAUGGGCAACUAGUAAAGAAGGGUUAAUGAACUUCCUCAGCCAUUGUGAAGCGGAUACAUACUUCAUUGCUGCCCUUGUUCUUAGGCUGCAGAUGCUUCCCCUUACCAAGGUUCUUACCAAUUUGGCUGGAAACUCCUGGUCUAGAACGCUCAGCGGAACAAGGGCCGAACGAAAUGAGUACAUUUUACUUCACGAGUUUUACCGUGGUAAAUAUAUUUGUCCUGACAAAUAUGGACACAAGACCCAGAUUAAGGUCGAAGAAAACGAAGGAGAUGAAGAUGGGGCAGACAAGAAGAAGAAAGAGAAAUAUAAAGGUGGUCUUGUUUUUGAACCUGAGAAAGGUCUUUACGACAAACAUGUCCUAGUCAUGGAUUUCAACAGUUUGUACCCCAGCAUCAUCCAGGAGUUCAACAUCUGCUUCACAACAGUAGAUCGACAUGCAUCAUCCGAAAAUGAUCGAGAGGAGAGUGUACCUGAAGUACCAGAUAGUGAUCAACCCCUGGGCAUCCUACCACGCCUCAUUGCUACUCUUGUCAGCCGCCGAAGAGAAGUGAAAAAGCUCAUGAAAGACAAGAGUGCUACUCCUGAAGAACUUGCUCUUUGGGAUACCAAGCAGUUAGCCUUGAAACUAACAGCAAACUCCAUGUACGGAUGUUUGGGUUAUACACAAUCCCGAUUUUAUGCCCGACCACUUGCCAUGCUUACAACAUUCAAGGGACGAGAAAUUCUACGGAACACGAAGGAACUUGCAGAGACCAAUCAACUUCGUGUCAUCUACGGAGAUACCGAUUCAGUCAUGAUCAAUACCAACACAGACAAUGUCCAAGAAGCACUGAAAGUGGGCAACGAAUUCAAACGCUUGGUCAACCAGAGAUACAGGCUUCUUGAAAUUGAUAUUGACAAUGUGUUCAAGAGGCUCCUUCUACACGCAAAGAAGAAAUAUGCUGCCAUUAACCUGUCAGAGGUAGAUGGGAAGUACGUUGAGCAUCUUGAGGUUAAGGGAUUGGAUAUGAAGCGUCGAGAGUUCUGUGCUUUAUCGAAGGAGGUUUCCACUAAGUUACUGCACGAGAUCUUGUCUGGGGAUGAUGUUGAAGUGGUCCUUAACAAGAUCCAUGAUUACUUGCGGGAACUAACACAGAAGAUGCAUGAAUACACAAUCCCAGUCCAGAAAUAUGUCAUUUAUACGAAAUUAUCCAAACGGCCAGAUGAAUAUCCAAACAAGGAGACCAUGCCUCCUGCGCAGGUAGCUCUGCGUGAGCUUGCCAGGGGCAAAUCCGUCCGCCCAAAUGACGUUAUCUCUUAUAUAGUAACGCUGGGUGACUCCGAGACAUCCUCCUUGCAGCCAGCAAAACGAUCAUACACCCUUCAAGACGUCAUCAAACCUGAUUCUGGGUUGAAGCCAGACGUGGAAUUCUACCUAUUAAAACAAAUCUUCCCUCCAAUCGAGAGACUAUGUGCCCCCAUACCCGGUACAGACGCUGCACGACUCGCUGAAUGCCUCGGCCUGGACGUUAGAAAAUACCAGAUCUCAAGUAACGCAAACCACGGCCAACAAGAAACAGAGUUGUGUGCCCUUGAAUCUCAAGUCCCCGACUCCAUCCGAUUCGAGAAAGCUGCUAGACUGAACCUCCAAUGCCGCUUCUGUCGCAAAACAGCCACUUUCGAGGGCCUCGUUGCAUCACGAGAAAUGUGUUCUCCUAACGGCCUGAUAUGCCCUGACGCUUCGUGCGGCAAAGCCUUCACCGUCAUAUCCAUCGUUGCACAGCUAGAAAGCCAAAUCCGAGCUCAGACUGCACAGUACUAUGAAGGCUGGCUUGUUUGCGAUGACUCUGCCUGCGGCAACCGAACUCGUCAAAUAAGCGUUUACGGCCAACGGUGUUUGGGUCCUCGUGGGCGUGCGGAGGGCUGCCUUGGUCGGAUGCAUUACGAGUAUAGUGAAAAACAGCUGUAUAACCAAUUGCUUUACUUUGCUGGGUUGUGGGAUGUGGAGAAAGCGAAGGGUAUAGCGGAGAAGGAGGCUUCAGUGGAGAAGAGAGAAGCGAUAUUAGCGCUUGUUGCUUGGAAUAGGACACGGUUUGAGACCGUCAAGUCUGUUGUGGAUGGGUAUUUGAAGAAGUGUGGACGGCAGUGGGUGGAAAUGGACGUUUUGUUUGGAUUUGCUUUGGCAUGA